AGGGAAUUCCAGCGAGUAAAAAAAUGCGAGUAAAAAAAUGACUGUCAAAAAUGGAAAGAGAAGAAAGAAAAGUGCGGAAUAAUGGAAGCUGAAGAAUAAUGGUGCCAUCCUGGACAAGCACGAGGACAGUUUCAGCAAGUCUUGCUUCAUAACGCGUCCCUUAAAAUCACGAAUCCUCUCCCCAUCUCCCUCUUCCAAAUCUGAGGAGUCCCCAGAACCUCAUUCAGCUUUCUUCAUCUUUUCUGCUAGACAUCAAGUCUUCACAUUUCUAGAUCUCCGAGUCUGAACAGUCUACCACUACCGUCAUCUCCCUCAUUGUCGUCAUAACCCCACCACUGCACUACCACCAUACUUUAGAUUAUUGCUCUCUCUCUCUUUCACUCGUACCUCUGUGAAAGAAAAGGUGAUUUGACUCCAUCGUCCGUCUGAUUCUGUUAAUUUCUGAUCAUUUUAAUGGGUGCCCAAGACGGUGGUUGCAUUCUUGUAACGGGUGGGGCUGGUUUCAUCGGCACGCACACGGUGCUGCAGCUGUUGAAGGAAGGAUUCAAGGUCGUCAUCAUAGACAAUCUUGACAAUUCAGUGGAGGAGGGCGUCGAGAGGGUGAAGGAUCUUGCCGGCCCCGAGCUUGCUGGGAACCUGACCUUUAUUCUGGGAGAUCUGCGGAAUAAGGAGGAUUUAGAGAACGUAUUUAAUGGAAGAAGAUUUGAUGCAGUGAUCCAUUUUGCUGGCUUGAAGGCUGUGGCGGAGAGCGUUGCAAAGCCUUUUCUUUACUACCACAACAACAUUGUCGGCACCUUGAACUUGUUUGAGUUCAUGGAAAAAUAUGGCUGUAAAAAGAUGGUAUUCUCUUCUUCUUCUACAGUUUAUGGCCAACCAGAAAAAAUUCCUUGUGUUGAAGAUUUUCAUUUGACAGCACUGAAUCCAUAUGGACGUACUAAGCUUUUCGUUGAAGAUAUUGCCCGAGACAUUCAGAAGGCUGAUCCAGAAUGGAAAAUGAUCUUCCUACGGUAUUUCAACCCAGUUGGAGCACACGAAAGUGGUCGCAUUGGUGAAGAUCCCAAGGGCAUACCUAACAAUCUUAUGCCUUAUAUCCAGCAAGUGGCAGUUGGGAGAUUGCCUGAGCUGAAUGUAUAUGGUGUUGAUUAUCCUACACAAGAUGGAAGUGCGAUUAGAGAUUAUAUCCAUGUGAUGGACUUGGCUGAUGGUCAUAUAUGUGCACUUCAGAGGUUGCUCACCCCAGAAUUUAAUGGUUGUACAGCCUACAAUUUGGGGACUGGGUGUGGAACAUCUGUGCUUGAAAUGGUUGCCGCAUUUGAGAAGGCUUCUGGCAAGAAAAUACCUGUCAAGUUGUGCCCCAGACGACCAGGCGAUGCUACAGCCGUGUAUGCCUCUACAGAUAAGGCCUUAAGGGAACUUGGCUGGAAAGCCAAGUAUGGCCUAGCUGAAAUGUGCAGAGACCAGUGGAAUUGGGCCAGGAACAACCCAUUUGGGUAUCAUACACAUCCUUAAGCACCUCACGCUUCUGAGAAUCUAUUACAGUUCCUGUUACAGCAUUUGGUAUUCUUCCUAAUUUAUUUCUAAGGAUGGAGUUGUAAAGAGGAAGUAUCAUUGCAUUAUUAGGGCAAAUGUGAUUGAUAUCCCCAUAGUGAGUCUUUUAUUAAUUAUAUUGCAGACAAAUUGAUCCAUUUUUUGUCAGAAGGAAUAGAAGUGCAUACAACUUGAUCCAUUUUUCCGACUAUGUAGAAUUAUUUGUGAGAACUGCCAUAUAAAUGAAGUCAAUAUUCUACGAAAUUCUGCCACCAAAGUGGUAAAUGAA